CUGAGCCUAUGACUCUUGGCUCCCCAACAUCUCCGAAGCCAGGAGCUGGUGCUCAGUUUCUUCCUGGGUUCUUGAUGGGCGAUUUACCUGCGCCAGUGACUCCGCAACCACGUGCCUUAAGUGGCCCUUCAGUUGGUGCAAUGGAAAUGAGGUCUCCGCUGCUUGCAGGAGGAUCUCCCCCACAACCAGUAGUCCCUACGCAUAAAGAUAAAAGUGGUGCUCCACCAGUUAGAAGCAUAUAUGAUGAAUUAUCUAGUCCUGGACUUGGUUCAACGCCUCUGACCUCAAGAAGACCAGCCAGCUUUUCUCUAACACAGAGCCCCUUGGUUGGAACUAUGCCAUCAACUCCUGGAACAGCUUCAAGUAUGUUCAGUCCUGCGAGUAUUGGGCAGCCUAGGAAGACUACUCUAUCUCCUGCUCAGCUAGAUCCUUUUUAUACUCAAGGUGAUUCCCUGACUUCAGAAGAUCAACUUGAUGACACAUGGGUAACUGUAUUUGGAUUUCCUCAAGCAUCAGCUUCAUAUAUUCUUCUACAGUUUGCCCAGUAUGGAAACAUAUUAAAGCAUGUGAUGUCCAACACAGGAAACUGGAUGCAUAUUCGAUAUCAGUCUAAGCUUCAAGCCCGGAAAGCCUUAAGCAAAGAUGGAAGAAUUUUUGGUGAAUCUAUCAUGAUUGGUGUCAAGCCGUGUAUAGAUAAAAGUGUGAUGGAAAACUUUGAAAGAAGCUCUACAUCCUCAAUGUCUUCAGUUUUCACUCCACCUACAAAAUCUGUUGGCACACCAGUACAACCCGCAAAUAAUACAAGGAUUUCUACAAUGAGACCUCUUGCAACGGCAUAUAAAGCUUCCACUAGUGACUAUCAGGUGGUUUCUGACAGACAAACUCCUAGAAAAGAUGAAAGUAUUGUAUCUAAAGCAAUGGAAUAUGUGUUCGGCUGGUAAUACACAAGAGGAAGUAACACACUAAGUUGGUCAGGGUUUUGAAAUAUGCUACUGGCAUCCGUGGUUAGUUGUAUAACUGCUGGUGGCAGUAUUUUAACUUGCAUCUCACCUGUUAUGCCUUCAGUUAAUUCAGCAGACAUGUAGCUUGCACUUUAAAUCACGGCAAUGUAUACACGGUUUUAAAAACUGAAUAAGUGUAAAUAUAAGGUGUUUUCCCCAUUUGUGCUCUGAUUGCAUGAUUGUAGAAAAAAUAUCAGCACUGACUUUUUUCCUCUGUAUUUACUUUCUGUGAAUUACUUCCCAGUAACUUGGAAAUGUUUAAAAUGGCAGCUUUAUUUACUGAUGCCUUUAAUUUUAUUGGGGUUAUUUUUUUCUGGAAAGAUAAUGGGCUACUUGCAGGAAGAACACUAUGCACAGCUGGCUUCCGGGGAUAGGGACUGUUCUUAGUAUAUGUGAUUUUCUUUUUUUUUUUUUUUUAAACUAGGAUUCAUUUCUAUUUUGUAGUUAUCGCUGACAUCAUGUUCUAAAUAUCAUAGUAACAUUUUAAGUCAUUUAUUAAUAAAGCUAAAUAAAGUUAAGUUUUUCUUAGGUUGUUUUUUAAACAAGUAUUAAUUCUGUUAGGAAAAACUAUUUGCAGUACUCUUAACUGUUAGGUGUGAUGUGCCUAAUGAUUAUUAAAGUGUUAUCAGCAGAGCAGAUGCUGCUGAUUUUUACUGAAGUGGUACCAACUAGCUAAUGUUUAAAUGUUGUCUUCGUGGGUACUUCAUAGCAGUGUGCACUUAACAGGUAACAAACUGUAGCAUUCUAAGCUAUAAAAUGUUGAGCUGAAAUAGCUCAGUAGAAAAAUGCAAUGUGUCAGUGACCAGAGCUGCUUUUGUUUCAAGACUCUUCUAAGAAAUUUUCUCUAAGGUAUUGGCUAAAUGAUGAUUUUUUUUUUUUUUUUAAUUGAACUUCCUGCCCUUGAAGUUUUCUUUUGGAGGUGAGCCUCUCAAGUAAUCACAUGUGUCAUCUAAGCUCAUAAUCUUCAAGAUAAAGGUCUCUCUCACCUGGGAAGAGAGCAAUUUUUUUUCUCCAGUACUUGGGAAACUAUACGCAACUACUAGUUUUUUGAUUUUGAUAUUUUUUUUUGGCUGUGUAAGUGUGGGUCGACAUCAGCAUUUUAGUUUGUGUUGACAGUGUGUUGAUCAGGUGAAUAUCCAGUCAUACCCAUUUCCAUGCUUUCCUUCACACUGCAAUGUGGGCUCAAAGUUCUUCAACUGCACUUCUCUGAUGAAUUUAGAUUGAAAGAUAAGUCCAGGAGCAUGUCCCAAUAUCCCUCAGAUGCUAGUGGGCAUCCAUUUUACAGGAUUAAGUUAGAGAUAGUCCUGAGUAAAAUCCGCAAAGCACUUGGUGAGAAGUCAGGUUUCUACCUCAGGGCACUUUGUGCUUCAUUUUAUGCUUUAGAAGUAACGUAUGAGCAGGCAGAUUCAGAGAUUUUUGAGAUGCAUUUUAGUGUGUGUGCUGGCUGAUGCUUUUGGAAUGUUGUUUGCUGCUCAUCCAUUUGCUUUUGAUAAAGGGAGCUGCUCAAACCUAAUUAAUAUCUGAAUGUGUUUUCUCAGAAGACAUCUGGCUUUUCCUUGGUGAAAAAUAUUUGUCGUGUGAAUGACUUCAAAAAGAAAAUAGGUAGUUCAGCUAAAUUCUUGUUUUACUAGUUGCUUUGCAAAAUACACUUCUGGUACGCUUCAGACUUGUAAUGAUGUGUAUAGGUUUUAGUUUAGUGAAAUGACGAAGAAUAAGAUUGAACUCUGAUCAAGUUAAGUCUGAAGCUAAAUACAUAAGGAAGGAGUUGGAGCCAAAGUCAGUAGUUUGGCUGACCUAUUUUGCCAGUAAGUACCAGAUUUAACACUGUGCUAAGCUGGGUUUUUUUUCCCAGUUGUUUACCUUAGUCAUUUGUUUCUCAUAGCUUUAGCAAUGAUUUUACUAGUGGGCCAUUACAGGUUGG